ACUCUAUACUGUAUUGACUUGCUGUAUGCAUAGAUUCUAAAAAUUAUUUUUUUAAGCCUGCAAUCCUUAAUGCUAAAAAACCCCUGUAAGUUUUCUUAGAAUGAAGCCUGCAAUCCAGUGACUUUGGAGUAACUCCCGCUGAAUUUGGUGGGACUUUACUUCUGGGUAGCCAUGCACUGGAUCGCGCUGUAACCUGUCAGUCUUGUUUGGGCAACUUCCUUCUUGUGCUGAGUGGUUUGAGAGCUGUAGAAUUAGGGCUCCAGGUUUUGAUGUUAGAUGCGUCACUUUUCUGUGCUCAGGAAGUUGUGACGCAAGUCAUGGGUUGGGUUUGAGGUUUUGGAAACCUUUUGUAAAGGCAAAUCACUCUCCUUGCCCUUUUGCAUUUGCAAAGUAGCAGUGACAGUUGGAGGAUAACGGAGGCAUGCAGGCCAAAAUGCAGAUGCUUGUCAGACAUAACGGGAGGAUUUUCGUGGCGCUUUGUGUAAUCCUCUUUAUGGGAUGCACAGUACAAGGGGCUCCUGUUCAGUCCGGCCACUAUGCGUGGGUCAGGUGCAGACCUGGUGCCGGUUCUGCAAAUUGCAUUGAAGAGCGAGGGCUAAGCUUUGUGAUUCCUGAUGGAAGUGCUAACAUGAUCCUCCCUCCCAUGGCUGAUCCAAUGCUAAUGAAGAAAUUUCAAGACCACCCUGAACACUUUCUAGUUUCUGGAGAUGAGUAUGGAUCAGGAAAUGAAAUUGAAGAAGAAUAUGGGUCAGGCAUCGAAUUUGACACAGAUGAUGCCACUAUUUCUGACCAGAUCACACCUGAUCCAAAUCUGAAGUUUAAACUAAAAGAUGAAGCUUUGUUUUUCCAAGAUAACAGACUGUAAUCUGUUAUGGCAAUUGCAAUCUAAUUUCUUGCAUGCUUUUGUGUUUUAUGAUUAAGUGAAAUGACACCCAUUCAAAAGUGUUAUAAAAACUAUCAAACAAA